GCGGGUGCCCAUGAGGCGCCGGGCAGAGCCGAGCCGAGCCGGCCGGGCUCCAGCCAUGCAUCCCGGCGCGCCCGCGGGCACAUGGGGCAGCGCCUGAACCGCUGCCUCGAUGUCCCCGUCGCGCUGCCGCCGCUGAGGCGGAGGCUGCUGCUGCUCUUCAUCAUGCUCUUCCUCUGGCUCUACAUGUUCUACUCGUGCGCCGGCUCCUGCGCCGGGCUGGUUGCCCGCGGCUCUCCCGCGCCGCCCCGCGCCGCCCCGCCGGGGGAGCCGGGCGAGGAGAGCAGCCUGGAGGAGCAGCGGGUAGCGCCCGACGCCGCCAGCCCCAUCUCCAGCUUCUUCAACGGCUCCGGCACCAAGCGGCUGCCGCAGGCCAUCAUCAUCGGCGUCAAGAAAGGGGGGACGCGGGCGCUGCUGGAGUUCCUGCGGGUGCACCCCGACGUGCGCGCCGUGGGCGCAGAGCCCCACUUCUUCGACCGCAACUACGAGCGGGGACUCGCCUGGUACAGGGACCUGAUGCCCAGGACGCUGGAGGGGCAGAUCACCAUGGAGAAGACCCCCAGCUACUUCGUCACCAAGGAGGCCCCAGCCCGCAUCUCCUCCAUGUCCAAGGGCACGAAGCUCAUCGUGGUGGUGCGGGACCCCGUGACCAGAGCCAUCUCGGACUACACCCAGACGCUCUCCAAGAAGCCCGACAUCCCCACCUUUGAGAGCCUGACCUUCAAAAACAGGACUACGGGCCUGAUCGACACCUCGUGGAGCGCCAUCCAGAUUGGCAUCUACGCCAAGCACCUGGAGAACUGGCUCCUCUACUUCCCCAUCGGGCAGAUCCUCUUCGUCAGCGGGGAGAGGCUGAUCAGCGACCCCGCGGGGGAGCUGGGCAGGGUCCAGGACUUUCUGGGCCUCAAGAGGAUCAUCACCGACAAACACUUCUACUUCAACAAAACCAAGGGGUUCCCGUGCCUGAAGAAGGCGGAAGGCAGCAGCAAACCCCACUGCCUGGGGAAGACCAAAGGCAGGACCCACCCCGACAUCGACCAGGAGGUGGUGCAGAGGCUGCGGGACUUCUACCGGCCCUUCAACAUGAAGUUCUACCAGAUGACGGGGCAGGACUUUGGCUGGGACUGAGCCUGGCGUGGGAAAGACCCCCUUGUAAUUCCUUGCCCGGCACGGUUUGCUUAUAUAAAGAGAUAUAUAUGUAUGUAAAAUGUACAGAAAUCUAUUUUAUAAUAAUUUAUUUUUAAUUCCUAAGCAAUUAAUUCACUAAGCUGCCUAACCGCACUGGCUAGAACGGUAGCCCGUAACCUGUUUAACAUUCCACGGUGUUUAAUUCUAAUCUUUCUAUAUUUUCCUUUUUUUUUUUUUGGUUUUUUUUUUUUUUUUUUUCUCCCCUCUUCUGUUUUCUCCUCUUUUUGGUUUGGUUUGUAACAGACAGUGCUUCCACUUUUCCUAAACAAAAUUUGUAUUUAAAAAAAGAAAAAAAAAAUCAAAAAAAAGGGAGGGGAGGGAGGGAAAGCACAGGUUUAUUUUUGUUACGGGUAUCUGGCCUUUAUAAAACACUUGCUUUCCCUA